GGAGCAGAUGAAGCUGUUCCUCACAUGAGAGUCAUUGGUCUGUUGAUGCCCCACCGGCUCUGCUUUCCUCAGUCUGUUGUCUGCCUGAUUGUAUCUGCUGGAUCUUACUGUACAGCGGUGCCCUGAACGCACCACAGGGAGGAGUGACCAUAUUUAUACAUCUGUGGCAGUGACAAUAUUAACAGACAUAAAGGGAGAGCACACAAACGCAUCAUACUGAAAGAUGUCUGCGACCCCGCAGCCCGCAAAGAUGAAAAAGGACGAGUCUUUCCUGGGGAAAUUAGGAGGAACUCUGGUUCGGAAGAAAAAGUCUAAAGAAGUGAGUGAUCUCCAUGAGGAGGGGAAGAAUGCCAUCAACGCUCCCAUGCUUCCCACGGGGACAGAAAUCCAUCCGGAGGACACACUGAUGGAGGAAAACGCAGAGAGGAUCAUGUUGGACCCAACAUCGCGGGAAAAUCUUAAAUUUAAAGAUCUUCUGAAGGUCCUGAUAGACUGGAUCAACAGUGAGUUGGAGGAAGACCGGAUCAUAGUCAAAGACCUGGAGGAGGACUGUUAUGAUGGACAAGUUCUCCAGAAGUUAUUUGAAAAGUUGUCAGGCAGGAAGCUGAACGUGGCCGAGGUGACUCAGUCCGAGAUCGGCCAAAAGCAGAAGCUGCAGACGGUUUUGGAGUCCGUCAACGAAAUGCUGCGGCCUCAUGGCUGGACCAUUGAGUGGAGCGUGGACUCUAUCCAUUCAAAGAACCUGGUGGCGAUUGUCUACCUGCUGGUGGCUCUGGCGAUGCACUUCCAGGCUCCGAUCAGACUGCCGGAGCAUGUUUCUGCGCAGGUGGUGGUCGUCAAGAAACGUGAAGGCAUCCUGCAGACGGCUCUUGUGACCAAGGAGCUGACGAGCACCACAGAAAUGAUGAUGGGAAGAUUUGAGAGGGACGCGUUUGACACUUUGUUGGAUCACGCACCUGACAAGCUCAACGUGGUGAAAACGUCUCUCAUCACCUUUGUGAACAAACACCUGAACAAGCUGAACCUGGAAGUGACUGAGCUGGAAUCUCAGUUUGCUGAUGGCGUGUAUCUGAUAUUGCUGAUGGGGCUGCUCGAAGACUACUUUGUCCCUCUGUUCAACUUCUUCCUCACUCCUGAGAGCUUCGAACAGAAGGUCCACAAUGUGGCGUUUGCCUUUGAGCUGAUGCAGGAUGGAGGCCUGAAGAAACCCAAAGCCAGACCAGAAGAUGUUGUCAACCUGAACCUGAAGUCCACCCUCAGAGUCCUCUACAACCUUUUCACCAACUACAAAAACUCUGAGUGAACUGUUCCAGUUUUCACCCCCCUGAUAUUACUUCUGAACGCUGCUCUGUGCUGAUUAUACAUUAUAUAUUAUAUAUUAUAUAUACAUUAUAUAUAUAGUAUGGCAGUCUGGACACUGGAGGACACCAACUGACUGAAAGUCACAAUUAUGUUGGACUUAAAACGACCCAGGGGGAGAAGCAAGAAAAAGGCUUUGAAUGUUAGUUAUUAAUCUUCUCCAAAUGUCAGUAUUUAUUUAUUCCUUUUUUUAAAUGUUAAAUGCAACCAAGGAAACCCUGCAACCUUUUAGCCUUUUAAAUACACAGCCGUCACAAGAGAAAUAAACGAGGGCCGAAUGUUUAAACAUUUGUGUUAAACUGAUAACUGAAAGCUGGAAAUUCUGUUAUAUAUGAGAUAGUAUCUAAAAAACAUUUCUGUAAAUAUUAAAAGUAUAUUUUGGGGAAAUAGACACAGACCUAUUUGUUUUACUGUCAAGAGUUUGAUAAGAAGAUGGAUAAUACUACAUUUAAAGCUAUUGUAAGAGUCAAGAGCCAGUUAGCUUAGCUUAGCAUUAAGACAUGAGGAACUGCUCGUCAAAUAACAAUUAAAAAACUUUACCUAAGGCUCAACUCAACAGCUAGCUUAGAGAUGAUAUACCUCCCUUUCUUAAGCUUUCUAGUUGGCUGUCUCAUUACAUUAUCGAUUUACAGUAAGCUGGAUUUGGGAGUAACAAUUAAAAAAAAGUUGUUUUUUACAAGAAAAGUUACAUUAGUAUGGCAUACUAAUUUAUUAUAAAGUAAAACAGAUAUCACAGAGUCAGAUUAUUGUUGUAACUCAUUACCAAAUACACUUUAACUUGCUGUAUUUUGCAUUUUUCGCUACAGCGCUGUUACCUUCUGCUACUAGCGUUAUGCUAGGCUAAGCUAACUUGUAGCUUCAUGUGUGUGGUGUUACUGAUCUUCUCGUGUAACUCUUGACAAGAAAGCGAAUAAGUAUAUUUCCCCAAACUAUUCCUUUAACAAAACUUGAAAAUGCCAUGUAUUAUAUGAUAUCUGAAAAUGCUUUGUUUGUAUAUUACUACAGCUAUAUAUAAAUAUAUAUAAUUGCUUUUACUUGA